AUGUUAAACAAUGCUCUACGACUUCAAGGUAGGAAAGCCUUAGUAACGGGAUCAACAAGCGGUAUAGGCCUUGCGAUAGCCGAAAGACUGGCAACAGAAGGCGCUAAAGUCAUUGUUUCUAGUAGACAACAAAACAAUGUAGAUGAUACAGUCAAGAGUUUAACAGAUAAAGGUUUAGAUGUCAGAGGAGUUGUUUGUCACAUCGGUAAAACUGAAGAGAGAAAAAAUUUAGUUAAAGAAGCCGAGAAACUUGGAGGACUGGACAUUUUCGUCCAAUGUGCAGGCGUCAAUCCUUUCAUGGGGUCAAUUUUGGAUUGUCCUGAAGAGGCUUGGGACAAAACAUUCGAUAUUAACGUUAAAACCAGCUGGCUGCUAACCAAAGAACUGUUUCAUUUACUUAAGCAAAGUAAACACGGAAGAGUUAUUUAUAAUUCUUCAGUGUCUGCUUUCAUACCAUAUGAGGUUCUAGGUGCGUACCCUAUCAGCAAAAUGGCACUGAUUUCUCUAACGAAGAUGGCAGCCUUACACUUAGGCCACUGGAAUGUUACAGUCAAUUGUUUGGUACCUGGAGUCAUAGAAACGCCUUUCAGUGAAAUUCUUAUGCAAGAUGAACUUGGUAAAGAGAAUUGGAUGGCUCUGAGCUGUAUAAAGCGAUUCGGAAAACCCAAUGAAGUUGCUGGAUUAACAGCUUUUCUAGCAUCUGACGAUUCCACCUAUAUUUCAGGAGAAGCAAUUUGUAUCACCGGAGGAUUCCUAUCUAGAAUGUAA